AUGGUGAGCUCAGCAGCCUCCGGGCUCUUGAGUCGCCAGCUCAAGUUGAUGCAAAGCGAUAAGGACAUUCCCGGCAUAAGUUGCGGUCUCAUUGGGAGUAACGUCUUCGAGUGGGAGGUCAUGCUUAUGAUUUCCGACGACUGCAAGUACUACGGCGGAGGAUUCUACCGCGCUCAUCUCAUAUUCCCACCCGAAUACCCACAUCUGCCACCCAAGAUGACGUUCCAGACACCGAUAUUCCACCCAAACGUCUAUCCCUCCGGCGACGUUUGCAUCUCGAUCCUCCAUGCGCCUGCCAACGAUCCAUACGGGUACGAGUCUGCCAGCGAACGGUGGUCGCCGGUUCAAACGCCCGAAACAAUACUCUUGAGCGUGAUCAGUAUGCUGAGUAGUCCGAAUGAUGAGAGUCCGGCGAAUGUGGAGGCGGCGAGAUUAUGGAGAGAGGAUACGAAAGAAUUUAGGAAGAGAUGUAGGGCGAAUGUAAGGGCGAGUUUGGGGGAGGAGUAG